GUGUUUAAAAAAAAAAAAAAUUAGAAAACCGAGGCUCAGGUAAGUGAAAUAACUUGCCUAGUGUUACCACCGAGUGAUAGAUCUGAAAUUAAAUUUUCAUUUGCCUCCAAAGCUCAUCCUCUUAAGCAGUAUGCUGUAUUAUCUUCAUGUUGAUGGUGGUGAUGAUAACUGUCAUAUGUUGAAUAUCUACUGGGUGUUGGGCAAUUCAUUUGCCACCUUUUGCCUCCCCUAUUUUACAGAAGUGGGAACUGCUAUUGUCUAUGUUCCACUUUUAGGCUAAUAAAUAUAAGUGCCAGGGUUCAAAGGUAUUGGACAUUCUUACAUUGGAGCAUUCUUUCGAUGUAUUUUUCCUUUUACUCUGUUUCCUAUAUUAAUGGUCAAUAUCGUCAUGUUUUUCUGACUACUAACAGUAUUAACAAUUAAAUGUUGCCUGAGUAUUUCUACACUUUUUUUCUUACUGAUUCCUUAGCAUUGUUGUUUUCUUAUUUGUUACCUUUGCUGUUUUUUUUCUCUGUAUCAAAGCAGAUAAUGGGGGGAAAGGAGAAUGUGCUAGGAAAGGCAAAAGAAAAGUCCAGAUACUAGAAAUCUUUCUGUGAUCUCAGUUUGGAGAACAAAGAGUUAAACUAAAAGCUCUGUGUUGUGGGUAGCUGUCAUUUGUUGAAGGAAUACUAGGGCUUCAGCACUUAAAAACUUGGUGAUGUAAAACAUGGGAUUUGACCUCACUAGCUUUAGUUUCCUUUUCUGAUAAUAAGGUAAAUAAUAUAUUCUUCACAACACAUGGUUAGUUGUGGUGAUGGUUAAGUGAAAUAACCAGUGUAAAACUCCUUAAUAUAAUCCUCAAAUUGUUAGUUCCCCAUUUUACCUUCAAGUGUUAGUGAAAUAAUCCAGAGCAUGUGGCCAGACACUGGUAAGUUUGUGUUAUGUGUGGUUUUUUUUACAUUUCGAAAAUUUAGUGUAAGCAUACACAGGCAUGUGUAUAAAUAAAAAUUCAUCAAGUUGCAGUCUUAAUGUUGAUGGAUUUGCCUAUAUGUAAGUUAGUUAUCUCUCAAUGAAAAUGAAAAAUCAGUAUGCAGGCUAGACUUUGGUUGCUGCAUGUGGUUAGCUGAUAUUUCCAUGUAUUAUACCCAACAUGUGGGACUACUUCCUUGUAUUCCUCAAGAUCAAAUAUGGUUAUUGAGCUUUAGCAAAAAGAGAAAUAUUGUAUAAUACCUUCCAAAUAUUUAUUUCAAGUUUAUUAUCUUAGUAGUCAAAAUUUUCAGAAAUAUUUCUUUUUAUUUUUAGAAAAGUCAUACUCAAUCCUAAAAUAAUGUUCCUAAUGUUAUUAAUUGCAAGUAUGUAGAUCUCAUCCUGCUUUGGGUAUGCCACUCAGAGGUAGGACAUACAAUUUUAGAGCAAGCAGGGAAAUGUGAGAAUAGUCUGAUACUUUUUAGGCAAGCCUAUAUCUAAAACAUAUCUUUGAAUGGAUGUCUGCUUCCAUUAGCCUGCUACGCAAAACACUGAUGGUUUUUUGUGUGAUUACAUUUACAAGUUCUUUGGUAGACUCUUGAGCAAGCUCCCUUUCUUUUAUGUCUAAAGCCUGGAGAGCAGGAACCAAGCUCAAUAUCAGGAAAAGUAGGUGUGGACUCUUAGGGCUGUGCCGCUCAGCAGCUAGAAUGUGGUUGGCAGUCUCCUCCCCUUCCUGCACUUCUGCUCUUCACAGUGUGCACCCUGGAAUGACAGGCAUUCCUGUGUGAAGAGAGCCAGCGUGAAGACGCACUUAUAAGAACCUCAAGUGCCCGGGCCGGGAUACAGGGAAAGAGAAACUCCGGCAGAUUGACCUCAUGCCAUUUCCUGAUGUUUGGCAGUGACACUGAGAGAGGAAUGCGCGUCCCCUCCUUAUGUGGAUUUAUCUUUUAAGAAAAGUUCGCUUUGGUCCGGGACAGUUUGUUGUCGUGAGAUACAUCAGACAAUAUAAUCAUGGGGCAAGCUGAUGUCUCCAGACCGGUAAAUCCAGAUGCAAUUGAAGAAGCAGGCCAGCCCACUGCCGACCCAGGCAUGAUCAUGGACAGUGUGGAAGCAGGAGGAGACAUGACGCCUCCCACCAAAAGGAAGAGCAAGUUCUCAGGCUUUGGCAAGAUCUUCAAGCCCUGGAAAUGGCGGAAAAAAAAAAGUAGUGAUAAAUUCAAAGAAACAUCAGAAGUUUUAGAGCGAAAAAUAUCUAUGCGAAAACCAAGAGAAGAGCUGGUUAAAAGAGGAGUUCUGUUGGAAGACUCUGAACAGGACCUUGCAGGUGGUGAGGAUGCAGGGAAGUUGAGCCAUGCUGUGUUAAAGAAUGGCCAUACCACCCCCAUAGGGAACGCCAGAUCUUCUAGUCCAGGCCCAGUAGAGGAAGAGCCAGGAAGAAUAGCAAGUCUUGGGAAACCUAUUCCAGAAGAGGACCCAAAGAAGCGACUAGGCUCAACUGGAAGCCGGCCUAAUUCUGAAGCAGAGUCCGCUCCUGAGAAUGCACCCAAACAGCCUUUACUUCCACCCAAAAGACCCUUGUCCUCUUCUCAUGAAGCAAAUGAAGGGCAAGCGAAGGAUUCUACUUCCUGUGGCAGCACAGCAAGGUCCAUCUCCUCCACCUCUACCGCCGCCACCACCACAGCACCUGCUGCCACUGCUGCCGCCACAAACUUACCAAAAACUGUUAUUAAUGCCUCUGUCCCCCCUACCCCAGCACCCAGGACUCUGCCUGCUGCUCCUGCCAGCACUAACACUACUGCUACCCCGAGCCUCCCUCAUACGGUCCCUGCCAAGCAGCCCCCUGUCCCUCCCCCUAAACCAACUCACAGAAAUAGCAACCCUGUCAUUGCAAUAAACAGUGGUACAUUGUUAUCAAAACCAUCCCCACCCUUGCCACCUAAGAGAGGCAUUCCAUCAACCUUGGUAUCCAGCUCGGAGUCUGCCGCCACCGCCACCACCACCACCACCACCACAAAAGCGCCAAGUGAUCAGAGAGAGAAGAGCCCAUGUCCUGUGGGCUCCGAACAGCUGCUGCUGAUUCCACCUCCCUCUCCAUCCCCCCCACUGCCUACUCAUAUACCUCCAGAACCCCCACGGUCCCCUCCAUCCCCUGCUAAGACUCUUCAAAUUGUGCCAGAAAUUGAGUUUGCACCUUCCUUAGAUCUACCCCAGGAGAUUCCCCAGCAGGAAGACCAGAAAAAGGAAGUACCCAAGAGAAUGUUGGACCACAGCUUUGGGGAGCCCCAUGUACCCUCUAGGCUGCCCCCCCUCCCACUGCAUAUCCGAAUCCAGCAGGCCCUGACCAGCCCACUUCCCAUAACUUCUUCCUUGGAGGGCUCUCACAGAGCUCAUUCGUUGCUCUUCGAGAACAGUGACAACUUUUCUGAGGACAGCAAUACCCUGGGUCGUACCAGGUCACUUCCCAUCACUAUCGAAAUGCUGAAAGUUCCAGACGAUGAAGAAGAGGAGGAGCAGACCCAGCCAUCUGCAUUCAGCGAAGACAUGCCGCCUACCUCAGUGGCUCCUACGCUGCCGCAGAGUCUGCGGGAGGAAGAGGAAGAGAAGGAGAGCGACUCAGACUCGGAAGGUCCCAUCCAGUACCGGGACGAGGAGGACGAGGAGGACGAGGAGGACAGCCGGAACAGUGCUCUGGCCAACAAAGUGAAGAGGAAAGAUACACUGGCAAUGAAGUUGAACCACAAACCCAGUGAACCAGAGUUGAACUUGAAUUCUUGGCCUCGAAAAAGCAAAGAGGAGUGGAAUGAAAUACGACACCAGAUUGGGAACACACUGAUCCGACGACUGAGUCAAAGACCAACACCAGAAGAACUUGAACAGCGAAAUAUACUACAACCUAAAAAUGAAGCUGACCGUCAGGCAGAAAAACGAGAGAUUAAACGUCGGCUCACUAGAAAGCUCAGUCAAAGGCCAACUGUGGCCGAACUCCUUGCUAGGAAGAUUCUGAGGUUUAAUGAAUAUGUGGAGGUAACAGAUGCUCAUGAUUAUGACCGGCGAGCCGACAAACCUUGGACCAAACUGACCCCUGCUGACAAGGCUGCCAUAAGGAAAGAAUUAAAUGAAUUUAAAAGCUCAGAGAUGGAGGUUCACGAAGAGAGCAAACAUUUUACACGUUACCAUCGUCCAUGAUGCUGAAGUUUGAGAGAGGAGCUAAACAACCCCCUACAACAGGGCUCCUUUGCUGCUUCAGCCUCCAGAAUGACAUGACGGGAACUUCAGCGCUUACCAGCACCACCAGGAUUUAGUCUUCUGGGGUGAACAGCAAUUCUAUGAAUGUAGCGUUUCACUGGAAUGGAUUCUCAUGUGCUGCCUUGAGCAAAACUGAACAUUCUCAGUGCUUUGAACCUUUUAAUAUUGCAGCAUACUGGAGGGGUCUUCCCUGACCAGCCAUAAAUGUCCUGGGCCACCUGCACCACACCCUUGCCCCAAGAUGACUGCCUGUGCUGAGGCACAGUUCGCACCAUUAGCCUUACCUGCUCUGUCCUGACUGUGAGACCCACUUGUGUAGGCACUAAAUUCUAGCCGGCGAAUCCAGUUGGUGGUGGGGACAACCAAGGGGGCCCUAGCCUUCUAGCAAAGAAGCCCCCACUUCCAGGGAAAGCCUUCCUACCACACUGGCAUGUCAGCAUUGUCCCAUACCUCUUGUAACACAGCAAUAUCGUCUCUUCAGGUAGUUCAGCCUGAAAGAAGCUCAGGAUCUGACAAGUGCUUCCUUUUUGACACAGGUUAUCCUGAUUAUUAUUUUUUUAAUCUUGAAGUGAUGGAAAUGUGUGUUCAAUCUGACCUUCAACCAGAUUCCAAGUUGGGAAAAUGCAAAAGCAUGUAUGUUUUCUGUAUACAAAACCAAAAAAAGCCUUUGUGUUAAUGCCAACUUGGCAGAAACUGACUCAUGGCUCAAAUGUUGAAAGCUGUUGUAGUUUUGUUGUACCAAAUGAUUCUGUAAAUCAUUUUGACCAAUAGAUAUAUUCUCCUCUGUAAAGCAGAGUUGUAGCAACUCUGGGAGCUGUGUGCUGUCGGCCCCCACACUUCCAGCCAGAAUCACAGCAAAGUCUAGGAAUGUUGGGUGCUAAAUCGGAAAUUUCUUUGGAGAAGCAAUUAGGGGGGCACAAUCAUGACCCACUGCUCCUCUCCUCAGCACAAAUGUUUGUCUUCCUGCUGCCCCUCUGGCAGCUUCCAUCCCACUCCUCCCUACUACUCCAAGCCGGAGCCAGUGUAGUUGCUGCCUGGGCAUUGGCUCAGCCCCCACCCCCUUCUUUUGUAAUAUAUAUUAAUAUGAUUUCCUGAAACAGAAGAUUCAGUUGCUUUCUUUCAAUUUUUAUUGAAAACUAUUUCCCUCUAAUUCCUUUCCACACUAAAUAGAAGAAAAAAAUAGUUCCUAUUUAACUGAUGAAUGUGGCUUUUUCUCUUUAAUGUUCAUAAAAUUGUGGCUGUUUUAUAGAUUUCUGCAGUCCCCAUUGUUCUGUGUGUAAUCUUUCAGUAAAUAUUUCUUUUUUUCUCCUCUAUGUCCAUGUACGAUUUGCUGAAGAAUCAGAAUAUCAGAAUAUCAUGUCAAAGCAAAUAGCUAAUGUGACCUUAAAGAGUAGUGUGGGUAAUGGGAGGUACUGGAUUUCUCAGCUACUGCCAAAUGCUUUAUGGCUAUGGAAAUAUACUGGGUUCAUAUCUCCUUGAAGCUAACAUUUGGUAUGACUGAGGGAAAGAUAAGUGACAACUCUACAAAGUUUUAGAGCUCUGUGUAUAAGGUGGCUGCACAUUAACUGCUUACUUAACUUCAGCCUUUCUGUCUUGCUGGUUUGGAGAUUACUUGGCUUAUGUCAGAAUGCUCUGUGUUUUAAGAUGACAUUUUAAACCCUUCCUUCACUGCCUUUCUUUCCCUUAAUGUGCCAAGCUUGAAAUAGGAUUUGAUUUCCUGAGCUACUUGUCUGCUUUCUACGUGCCACCAAGAAAUCUAGUUCAUCUUUCAUCUCAUUCAGUUCUUUUGAAACAAGAUACUUUGGGGGUCAAGUCUUUUCAGGUGUUUUAUAUAUAUAUAUAUAUAUAUAAAAAGGAUUUUUUGUCCUUUCUGUGUAAGUAGCAAUUCACAAUCAUAAUGUAUAAAAGAAAUAAAAGCCUGAUGUAUUGUACUUCAAAAUGCUUCCCCAAUGUACAGAAUCUCCUUGUAAAAUAAAUAAUUGCAUUGUAUAUCAGUCUUCCUACCAACAUUAAUUAUUAAAGUAUUUUAGAAUUUUAAAAAAUUA